AUGGACACUUGCUUGGACUGCAAGAGAGUCACCGAGACGGUGAUCGACAUAAGAACCGGCGACACAAUCUGCACAGAGUGUAGCCUCGUCAUCUCCGAUCACUACAUAGACGACAGCCAAGAAUGGAGAACGUUCGCCAACGACGAUAACAGCAACGACCGAGACCCUAACCGCGUCGGUGCUCCCACCAACCCUCUUCUCAAAUCCGGCGGUAUCGGCACCAUCAUCGACACAACUACCUCCAGCUCCAAGAAUGACUUGUGCCGCGUGCAGAAUCUCAUCAGGAACUCUGAAGAGGAUAUGAUCGUGAAAGCGUGCAAAGAAAUCAAGAGAAUGACGGAUGAUCUAGGUCUUGUUAGCGGUGUCGAGUUUAGGGCUUGCGAGAUUGUGUCCAAGUUAGAUGGUGACUACAGGAAGAGACUAAGCAGACAGAAACACUUUGUCGCUGUCUGUGCGGCCGCUGUUUCAACGGCGUGUCGUGAGAUGAAUCUCUCGAGGACGUUGAAAGAGAUCUCUAUGGUAGCUCACGGUGUGAGUUUGAAAGAAAUAAACAGAGCGAGUAUGGCUAUAAGGCGUCUACUUCAGUCAGAUCAAGCGGAGGCGACAGAUUCUUCUUCUUGUGCUGCUCCUCAGGUGAUUAUCAAAACAAGAGAACUUGUACGCCGGUUCUGUUCUAAACUAAACAUAACCGAAAGAGAGACAAAGGCCAUUGGAGAAGCUGUUGAAGUAGCUGAGAAUUUCGAUAUCCGGAGAAACCCUAAGUCGGUUCUAGCUGCUAUUAUCUUCAUGAUCUGUCAGCUAUCUCAGACCAAUAGGAGACCUACUCGAGAAAUUGCGAUCGCUGCGGAAGUUGUGGAGAAUACUAUCAAGAGCUCUGCUAAGGAUAUGUACCCUUACGCAUCAAAGAUUAUACCCGAAUGGUAUGCUUCUGAAGAAAAGGUCAAGAGGUUAGGAGGUAUCAUAGGAUCUUGGGAUGCUGCAAAACUUUAACACAUAGGGAA